AUGGCGACAAUUGAUGAAAUUGCGCAACUUGAGCGCGAGUUAGGCCAGCAGCGUGUCGAGAAUGCCUAUUACCGCGACUGCUACGCACUUUUUAAGCUAUUGCAAGAUCUCGCAGAAAACGCAGCUCAUGAUCUGCAACGUCUUUACAACUCCGACUCACCGAAUGAUCCGCGCAGUUCUGGCCACGAAAUCCUGUGGUCCUUGCAAAAUACGAUAUUUAGUAUGAUUAAAAAAGCAUGCGAGUCCGAAAAAAGAUGGAAUGUUCUCUGUCACAUCGACCAAUCCUACUCAGCCCGAGUUACUUUGGACCCAAUCAGGACCAGGUAUGCUGAUGCAGAAGCAUCUUAUAGGGUACACCAACCAACAAAGGAUAUCGGCCUCAAGCCUUGGCAAUCUCGGAAAUAA